CAAUACAUAUUUGAAAGUGUUCAAAUUAUUAUAAGUAGUAUAUUCUAUUUGAUUAAUAUUUAAAAAUUAAAAUGAGUUUUUGUGUAGAUUUAGUAUCUGAAGAUUCAUUUUAUGAGAACAUUACAUUGGGUAUAACAAAACAUUUAGAAUCUGAUCCCAGGAUAUCCAACGUCGUAGUGGAGCGUCGUGCACCAUGCGAUAGAGUCGCACUUUCCAACUGGGAGCAAAAGCAUUCUGCAGCACUACCAGAUGAUUUGCGAAACUUCUAUGCAUCUACAGAUGGGUUUCAGCUGACCUGGCAUUAUAAAUAUUCAGCUGAUGAAAUUUUACCAGUUGGAUCAAUUCGAGUGAACACGCUAAAUGAUUUGUGCUUAUCGUCUGCGCUAAAGGAUCUUUUAGACUUCUCAAUGACGCGUCAGAAUGCUGGACCGCGUCCUGUGUUGAACACCAAAAGCAAGGUCUUCGAGUUGGACAACUGCCGUAAUAUUGGGAAGGUUUGCUUAAUAUAUACCGGCGGGUCCUGGUCGGUAUGGUUGGCAACGAGGGAGGGCGCAUGGGGCUGGCUCGCUGACUCCUUUACUCAUUACUUCAGGAUGGCUCUAGUUCACUUCGGCUUGCCAGGCUGGCAGGCCGCUUUUGCGAAUUUGCCCCUUAUACCCUGGGCUGAGCAAUUAUUUCUUCUACUGGCACCACAUUUGUUGGAUAAAACGGAACCUGAGAAUAGCUUGAUCUCCGUCAGUAGCGAGACUGGCUUGAACCACAUCGACCCUAAUAUUUUCAAAACUUCCGUGCGUCACCACAAAAAUACUACGCGACCAGCGAAUUGAUUUUUUGUAAUCUUAUUGAAUGGAUUGAAGUCGUCAAUAAAAUAUCUUGAACGUUUUACAUGAAAUAAGCGUUUUAUUUAAUUUGCAAAAAUAGAUAAAAGGAGCAGGACAGUGCGUAAAAAUAAAAUAAAGCAUAAAGUUACAUAAUGUAUAUUGAAUAUCCUUGAUACAAUAAAAUUUACAGCUAAAUAACAAAAUAAAAUGGACGGAAUGUAAAUUUCUUAGUGAAAUUCAAGCUAACAUUAAGUUAAGCUGCGAUUUAUAUGAAUAUCUCUGGUAAAAGGUACUUAAUAUCUAGCGACGACUUAUAUUAUUAAGAGCUGCUUAGAUGUACGUAAAAAUAUUCUACUUUUAUUUAUUUUUAUAAUGAAAACAUGAUAGAAUAAAAUAUUUAGUGAUGUGUCUUUGUAAUGCAAAUCUUAGUUCUAAGUGGCAACAUUUUUUUAAGCUAAAAUCGUUAGAAUAUACACUGCACUUACAACAGCUUAAAUUAAAGAUAUAUUUGAGGCCGAUACUAUAGCAAAAAUAUUAUACUACUUGUGUCGAUAUAUUUUAUACUUAAAUGCACACAAUUUAUUAUAAUCUUAAAAAAAAUCAUUUAUUUAUUAAUGGCUUUUAUAUCAUACAAAACACUAUACUAAUUUAAUCAAAAUAAAUUGUUGGUGGGAUACAAUAAUUUUGAACACUUGAAAAAUAAAAUAUAUUGUGAUAGAUUCGAGUUAUUCUGGUGUGUCAAGAUUAAUAAUAUAAUAUGGUUUUAUAGUUUCAUAGUUAUAUAACAUAUUUUUGUAGUGUGGACUCAGUUAUAUAACACAUGGAUGUGUUAAACAGUUAUUUAUAACUUGUUAGUUAAUCUAGACUCACCUAUAAGACAACAGGAUGAAAAUAAAUAAAAAAUAGAUCUAAAAUUGUAACAAUAGAGUAUUUCGAUGUAACUAUAUUGCGUUGGUAACACUGAUUAAGAAGAGAAAUAAGAAAAUAAAUCACUGGAAUGAUGUCAGAUGGUUUAACUUU